UCAGCACCGGGUUUCCUGUUCCUCCUCGGGAGCGGGAGCUGCACCAGGUCCAGACUGCGCCGGCCCCAACCCUGGGAGGACACCAGCGCCAGCCCCACGGCGGGGACCUCGCAGCACACACAGCCUCCUCCUGCUGGGGACGGCGGUGCCAUGGGCUUUGGGCCAGAGCUGUGGUGCCCGCAGGGGCACAGCGCACUACUGCGGCUGCAGGACAGCGAGCUGCGCCUCCUGGAGCUGAUGAAGAAGUGGAUGUCACAGCGCGCCAAGAGUGACCGGGAGUAUGCGGGGAUGCUGCACCACAUGUUCUCCCAGCUGGAGAAGCAGGAGGGCCCUGGGCAGCUCCGCACUGGUGACCACGGUGGACAGAUCGGGGAGUCCUGGUGGGUGCUGGCGAGCCGGACGGAGACGCUGAGCCAGAUCCUGCGGCAGCACGCAGAGGAGCUGGCGGCAGGGCCGCUGGCCAAGCUGAGCCUGCUCAUCCGCGACAAGCAGCAGCUCCGCAAGGCCUUCAGUGAGCAGUGGCAGCAGCUCAGCCAGGAGUAUGCCCGGAUCACGCAGCAGGAGAUGGAGAAGCUGAAGGCGCAGUACCGCAGCCUGGCACGCGACAGUGCCCAGGCCAAGCGCAAGUAUCAGGAGGCCAGCAAAGACAAGGAGCGGGACAAGGCGAAGGAGAAGUACGUGCGCAGCCUCUGGAAGCUCUAUGCCCUGCACAACCAGUACGUGCUGGCCGUGCAGGCGGCCACGCUCCACCACCACCACCACUACCAACGGGCACUGCCCAGCCUCCACCAGUCCCUUUACAGCCUGCAGCAGGAGAUGGUCCUCGUCCUGAAGGAGAUCCUCAGAGAGUACUACAGCAUCAGCAGCCUGGUGCAGGAGGACGUGCUGGCUGUGCACCGGGAAAUUGCCAGCGCGAUCCAGGCCAUCGAGCCGGCCACGGAGUACAGCGGCUUCAUCCAGAGCCACAGGUAUGGCUCUGAGUUGCCGCCGGCCGUGUCCUUUGAUGAGAGUUUGCUGGAGGAGACGGAGAGCCUGGCACCAGGGGAGCUGCAGCUGAACGAACUGACCGUGGAGAGCGUCCAGCACUCCCUGACAUCGGUCAAGGAGGAGCUGGCGGCCGCCAUGGAGGUCGUGAGCAGCAAGGAGCAGUGGGUGCAGGAGCUGCAGGCGGAGAUCCGGGAUGCGGAGCAGGGCCGGAGCCUCGGGGAGCGGGUGCACUUGCUGGGCAAGCGGCAGGGGCUGCAGGAGGCGCAGCAGCAGCUCGAGGGCUGCCUCUGCACCCAGGCCAAGCUGCAGGCGCAGCGGGACCUGCUGGCAGGGAAGCUGGCAGAGCUGGGUGCUGGGGACCCCCUGCCCGCCCUGCCUCUGCAGGAGGACCGGCAGUCGGUCUCCUCUGUGCACACAGCUCACGUCUCUCCCCAGGAGCAGGAGCGGAGCAGGGCCACCACACUGGAGACCCUCAAGAACCACAUCUCAGGCAUCUUCAGCCCCAAGUACUCGCUGCCACCCCCCAUGCCCCUGAUCCCGGAGGUGCAGAAGCCGCUGUGCCAGCAGGUCUGGUACCACGGGGCCAUCCCGCGCGUAGAAGUGCAGGAGCUACUGAGCUGCAGCGGGGACUUCCUGGUGCGGGAGAGCCAGGGCAAGCAGGAGUACGUGCUCAGUGUGCUGUGGGAUGGGCAGCUCCGGCACUUCAUCAUCCAGGCUGCUGACAACAUGUACCGGCUGGAGGGGGAGGGCUUCCCCACCAUCCCGCUGCUCAUCGAGCACCUCCUGCAGAGCCAGCAGCCCAUCACCCGGAAGAGCGGGAUCAUCCUGGCCAGGGCCGUGCCAAAGGUGAUGGCAGGCAGUGGGGAGGGGGAUGAGUCACCUGAGCACGGGGCAACCCUGCCCGUCCCCUUCUCCUGCCCAUGGCGCCUGGGGCAGGCUGGGGGACAGCUCACCGCCUUCUGUGUCUGCUCGCUGCAGGACAAAUGGGUGCUCAACCACGAGGACGUGCUGCUGGGGGAGCGCAUCGGCCGGGGUAACUUUGGGGAGGUAUUCAGCGGCCGGCUGCGUGCUGAUAACACCCCCGUUGCUGUGAAAUCCUGCCGGGAAACCCUCCCGCCUGAACUCAAGGCCAGGUUCCUGCAGGAAGCCAGGAUCCUCAAACAGUACAACCACCCGAACAUUGUCCGGCUCAUCGGUGUCUGCACCCAGAAGCAGCCUAUUUACAUAGUCAUGGAGCUGGUGCAGGGGGGAGACUUCCUGAGCUUUCUGCGCAAUGAGGGGCCGCACCUGCGGGUGAAGGAGCUGAUCAAGAUGACUGAGAACGCUGCUGCUGGCAUGGAGUACCUGGAGAGCAAGCACUGCAUCCACAGGGACCUGGCCGCUCGCAACUGCCUGGUGACGGAGAAGAAUGCCCUAAAGAUCAGCGACUUUGGGAUGUCACGGGAGGAGGAGGAUGGCAUCUACGCCUCCACAGGGGGGAUGAAGCAGAUCCCUGUCAAGUGGACAGCACCUGAAGCACUCAAUUAUGGCCGAUACAGCUCGGAGAGCGAUGUCUGGAGCUUCGGCAUCCUGCUGUGGGAAGCCUUCAGCCUGGGUGCCGUCCCCUACGCCAACCUCAGCAACCAGCAGACGCGAGAGGCGGUGGAGCAGGGCGUGCGGCUGGACCCCCCCGAGCAGUGCCCCGAGGAGGUGUACCGGCUGAUGCAGCAGUGCUGGGAGUACGAGCCCCACAAGCGGCCCAGCUUCAGCACCAUCCACCAGGACCUCAUCACCAUCCGCAAGAGGCACCGGUGAGGGGGACCACCGGCCGAGGGCAGUGCCCCGCCGCUCCCAAUCAGGACAGCACCGUGUGCCCCGGAUCCAUCCCGCUGGCAGCAUCCAUCCCUUGGGCAGGGCCUGCCUGGGAAGCGGGUGCUGUGGGGCGGCCGGACUGGGCUAUGCCCCCACCCUGGCCCAGGGCAGGGGGCUCCCGUGCGCCCCGGGGACAUGGCACCCAUAGCUCCUGCUGGGCUUGAUCCUGUAUAAUAAACAAAUGAGCUCUG